AUGGUAAUAAUCUUGAGAGCUGAGAAAAGCGUUGUCGCUAGCGUAGAUCCAAGGCUUGGCAUCGAAAAGCGUCAGUGGAGGACAGUCGAGGAUUGUCGAGAAUUCACGUCAAACGCGUUGGUUUGAGAAAAGUAUCGAAGGACAGUGGUGGAUUCUUGCUGACGCUUUUGAUUAUUCAUAACCAUCCCAUUUUCGAUGAAUUCGUAUUAACGUAAUUACUAUCGAAUAAUUGAUAAACAUAACAAUACACGUUUUCGAUUGUGAGAUCUCAUUACACGUUUUGAAUACAUACAUUCAUAGUUUCUGCUCCAUUUCUGAGCUACUCUCACAACUUAUAAAUAUUAAUCAUUAUUUUCUAAUUGUAUCAGCAUUUUUUAAAUUUGUUAUAACACGUCCUGUUAUAUAAAUACAUUAGCUCAGUAUACAAUUAUUUUUGGGUAAAAUGAUUGUCAUGUUUGUACAUUUUUGUAAGUGACACAAGUUUAAAGUACUUAUGUGUUCUGUUUAAAAAAAAUCAUAUUUACAUGACAAGAAGAAAAUAAAUAUAAUUUUAUCAGAAUUUAUCGAAGCAUUUAGAAUGUCUUCAGUCCAGCGUGCAUUUGCUCACAAAUUAAACAAGCAGCAGCAUGCUGCUGAUGUAAGGCGACAAAUUGCUACUUCUACUUCCUAUUCUCGUGAUUUGUCAAAGAGUGGUAGCAGUAUAUCAGGAUUUUCUUCUAUGAUGUCUUUGUGCGAGGUAUUAGAACCACUCGAUUACGAGGAAUUCUUAGGACAACACCAGUCAGUAUUGGACCGUGAUCCUUUGAAACCAAUAUUAGAUUUUCCACCAGGGGAUGUUGAAUUAAGAGUUGUAAAGAGGAAAAUUCGAACAGAGGAACCAAUAGUACCGCACGAGUCAAUCGAUACAGUGUCGCCUUAUGUGAAGAGAUGCAUCGAGAGUUUUACUUCAGAUUGGGUCGUAAUAAAUCGUAAAUACAAAGGAAGAAUUUCACCUAUUGCCAGAGACAGAUUGCUUCAAGAUACACCUAGACAAGAUUUUGAAGUAGAUCAAGAAGAUGCAAACGGUUGUGUAUCACCAAGUGAGGAGGAUGACUUGUCCAGUUCCGGAGAUACUCCAAGAGGAUCUUGGGCAAGUUUGGAUUUGCGACAUUCACAGCAUGAUCCUCUUUUGCCAAGUUUGUUAGAUCGUGUCUGCCUUGAAACGAUCGAUCAGAUGAACGAGCAGAAAAGGUUGGAGGAUCGACAGGAAGCUUUAUUUCCGCUUUAUGCGCCUCCAACUUCUCCGGAUGAUGAGUGGCAAGAAAUUAAUGUUGCUCCGGAACCGACAGAACCUUUUGCUCAUAAAAUUCUCGUGAAAUGUCUGCAGUUAAAAUUGGAAUUGGAAGUAGAACCAAUAUUCGCAAGUUUUGCAUUGUACGAUGCUAGAGAGAAAAAAAAAGUAUCAGAGAAUUUCUAUUUUGAUAUGAAUUCAGAGGGACUGAAAAGAAUGCUUGGAGGACACAUUGCUUAUAGCGAUGCUAGUACCCUAGCCAGAAGCUGCGUCUUGAGCGUCAGUAAAGCUAGUCCUGAUUUGUUCCUUGUUGUACGAUUGGAGAAAGUAUUACAGGGUGACAUAUCGGAGUGUGCUGAACCAUAUUUACGCGAAGAUAAAAAUAAAGAUAAGGUCAGAGCUGCCGCCGCUGCUGCAUGCGAACGCUUGGGUCGUUAUAGAAUGCCUCUCGCAUGGACUGCAAUUCAUUUGUCUGGUGUAAUUGGAGGUGGUGGCGAUACGGACAGCACUGGCAGCGCUGGAUCCUUAGACAGAAAGUCGGGAAGUCUGGAACAGUGGCGGAAAAAAGUGGAACCGCCGACGCGACGAGGUUCGCUAGAAAGACGAAGCUCGGACAAAAGACGCAGUUGGUCACCAGAUGAUUUUGCCAAUUGUCUCGAUAGCUUCAGACCCAUUACUUUAACAGUCUCGAGCUUUUUUAAGCAGGAAAGCGAACGACUUCGCGAUGAAGAUCUGUAUAAGCUUCUGGUUGAACUACGAAGACCUGGUUCCAACUUGAAACGAUUAAAAUGCUUACCAGGAAUAUUGAAAUUAGAUCUUAGUCCCAGACCUGAAGAGUUACCGAGAUGUCUUGAUCCUGAUCUUAGAAGAUUAGUCCCAUAUCCAGAUGAGAAAAGUCGACCGGUUAAGGAAAUACUUGAGUUUCCCAGCGAAGUUAUUUCGCCAGAUUUAACAUAUCGUAAUCUUCUGUACCUUUAUCCUAAGGAAGCAAACUUCAGUUCCAGAACUGGCUCAGCUCGCAAUAUUGCCGUAAGAAUUCAGCUCAUGGGAGGUGAACAAGAACCCGACGCACUCACGGCUAUCUUUGGCAGAUCGUCAUGUCCCGAGAUGACGCACGAAUACUUUACUUCUGUGUCAUAUCAUAACAAAAAUCCAAACUUUUACGACGAAAUCAAGAUAAGACUUCCUGCAGAUUUAAGCGCAAAACAUCAUUUAUUGUUCACCUUCUAUCAUAUUAGUUGCCAAAAGAAAGCAGAACAACCAAACGUCGAAACAGCGGUCGCUUAUACAUGGCUACCGCUUUUAAGAGACGGUCAUCUUCAAUCAGGCGAAUUCAGCUUGCCUGCUAUGUUGGACCCACCGCCUGCGAAUUAUUCUUAUAUCGCGCCCGAUGUUCUUUUGCCAGGUACUCGAUGGGUGGAUGCUCAUCGAGGGGUCUUUACUGUCAUAUUGGAGCCCGUUUCCAGUGUUCAUCCGCAAGACAAAUAUAUCGAUAGAUUUUUAUCAUUAUGCGGUUUUUUGGAGACCGGUCAAGUUCCGCCUCGUAUUGGCGAAGCGGGCAUGGAAUCGGAAUUGAAAUCAGCUCUCCUCGAAUUAGCGCGCGCCUCGCAUUCCGCUUUGGUGCGAUCUCUUCCUCAGUUACUAGAUCAAUUAUUGUGUCUUUUAGUGCGACCGCCAACAUUACCGACUCAAUCGUUGAACGUCGCCGCUACCAUUUUCGAAGCCAUAGGAUUACUUGUGCGGAACAUUACCAAUCUACCGGAUGGCCAAUUAGAUGCGCAUGGUAGACACGCGCUUUUGGGUACAUACAUCGCAUAUCAAUGCUCUUUACCAAGCAUGACUCACAAUGGCGGCGUCGCGCGAGCGCAGAGCAAUCCUGAUCUGCCUCUGGAAGAUCUGGAGAUGGAGAUUCACUCGCGAGGAUUAGACAGAACAGCGUCAAUGCGACAGGAAUCUCCCUCAAUUAAUAGUCAUCCCACUAGAAGACUUUUACACGAGGAACUUGCCUUGCACUGGGUCGUAUCUACUGGUCAAGCACGCGAACUGGCGAUAACUCAUUCUUGGUUCUUCCUGGAGCUGAUAAUGCGCUCGAUGGUAGUCACCAUGUCCGAGAUGGGUUCUUUAGAAGCUCCACGAAAACUGAGAUUCUCGCCGCAGUUCUGUGACGAUGUCGCGACACUUACUGCUGCAUUAACAUCCGAGGUUAUAUCGCGAUGCGGCAAGGAGAUCCGUGUAGCAUCCAAUUUAAUAUCGAGCCUCGGAAAUUUUCUGUCCGAUUUGUUGUCUGUUAUGGACAGGGGAUUUGUGCUAUCACUUGUUCGCGCCGCCUGUUGCUCACUGUCGGACGCGUCGAUGCAUAUUCCCGACUCGGCGGCAUUGUACGCCCUAAAACUCGAUCUCGUGAGAACGGUGUGCUCGCACGAGCAUUACGUAGCAUUAAAUCUUCCGUUUGGUACUGGCUAUACAUCAGGAUCUGCCCCGGCAUCGCCCAGUCCAUCGACCGGCAGUUCAGGUAGUUUGAUAUCCACUCUCGUACCUGGCGAUAGAGCUCGAUUUUCUGAACUUAGUCAGGAAUUCAGGCAGCAGCAUUUCUUAGUCGGCAUUGUUCUGUCCGAUCUGGCGAACACUUUGGAGAUACCAAAUCCAAUGCUGCAGAAUAAAGCUAUUGGGACCAUUCGGCAUCUUAUGAGCUGCCAUGACGCUGAUCCACGAUAUUCCGAUCCUGCGGCGAAGGCCAGAGUCGCUGCGCUGUAUCUACCACUGCUCAGUAUCUUGAUGGAUGCCUUACCUCAGCUUUAUCACUGGGACUCCAAAGACAAGAGUGUCUAUCCAGAUGAAUCCGGAUCGAUCACGCAAUCGGUAGCAUUGGCGAUUGCCGGCGGAGCGUCGGCGGACACCGCAGGCAAUCAAUGUCGCGUGUCCUUGAGCUCCGAAGCCACUCGACAUCUGUUAAUGUGUGCUUUAUGGGUGCUCAAGGGAUUAGAGCGAAGCGGUCUAGCGCAAUGGUGCUCUGAACUCAGCGCAAGGCGCAUUCUGAGUUUGCUGCAAGUAUUGAAUAUCGCCACCGCAGCUUUUGAGUACAAAGGCAAGAAAGCACUUAAAAGAUUGCCACCUCAAGCAACAGCUACUAGCGAUAUUAGAUCGCGAUUGGAAGAUGUGAUUCUCGGCCAAGGAAGUGCCAGGAGUGAGAUGAUGUUGCGAAGAAAGGAGAGAGUAACCGGAGACAAAUUAAGAUGGCGCAAGGAUCAAAUGCCUUACAGAUCUUGCGAACAACCAGAAGGAAGAGCUGUAGAACAAGAUGCCCAUAUAGAAGGAGCCUUAGCAGCUGAAGCUUCUCUUGUCGUAUUAGACACUUUAGAAUCCGUAGUUCAAGCUGACGGCGGUGGAGGUGCGGUUGUUGGCGCGGUGUUAAAAGUGUUACUAAGAGCGUUGGCUAGAAAUCAAAGUACAUCAGUGCUUCAGCAUAUGUUUAAUACUCAGCGAGCUCUAGUCUUUAAAUAUCAUAGCGCAUUGUUUGAUGAGGAAAGCGAGCGUUGCGGGGACUUGUGUUUAACAUUGCUCACUCGAUGCAGUUCGCCCUUAAGCGCCAUCAGAAGUCACGCAGCUGCGAGUCUGUAUCUGCUGAUGCGACAGAAUUUCGAAAUUGGAAAUAAUUUUGCGCGCGUUAAGAUGCAAGUCACAACAUCCUUAUCCGCUCUUGUUGGAAGGGGAAGAGCUCCUAGUGAAGGGGCAUUACGUAGAGCCUUGAAGACAGUAUUGGUAUAUGCCGAGAGAGACACGGAACUUGCAGAUACGAGUUUCCCUGAACAAGUGAAGGAUCUACUGUUUAAUCUUCAUAUGAUUCUUUCUGAUACCGUUAAGAUGAAAGAAUUUCAAGAGGAUCCUGAAAUGCUUUUAGAUUUAAUGUACAGAAUUGCUAAAGGUUAUCAAGGAUCGCCUGAUCUUCGCUUGACUUGGCUGGCUAACAUGGCGCAGCAGCACAUGGAAAGGAAAAAUCACACAGAAGCAGCAAUGUGUUUAGUGCACAGUGCUGCUCUGGUAGCGGAAUAUCUUCAUCUAUUAGAACCUGGUGGCGGCGGUCGACCUGUAGGAGCCGUUGCUUUGAACCCUGUGACACCGAACGCUUUAGAGGAAAGCGCUGUCGGCGAUGACGUACUGGCCAGAAGGGAAGAAGGGCUUUGUUUAGGUCCUGAUUUUUCAGAGAGUGGAUUGGCGGGUUUAUUAGAGCACGCAGCUAGCUCUUUUCACGCAGCUGGAAUGUACGAAGCAAUUCCCGAUGUCUAUAGAGUAUUACUGCCUAUAGCGGAAGCUGCACACGAUUAUAAGAAAUUGGCUAAUAUUCACGGUAAACUUCACGAGGCAUACACGCGUGUGGAACAAUUGGCCGGUAAGCGAGUCUUUGGUACAUACUUCAGAGUUGGUUUCUACGGCUCCAGAUUCGGUGAUCUUGCCGGGGAAGAGUUUGUUUACAAAGAGCCAACCUUAACAAAACUCCCGGAGAUAUUCUCGAGACUUGAGAACUUUUAUGCCGAAAGAUUCGGCGCUGACAAUAUAGUCAUAAUAAAGGAUUCGAAUCCUGUGGAUCCUAGCAAGCUGGAAUCGGACAAGGCUUACGUGCAGAUCACUUAUGUGGAACCGUAUUUUGAAGCGCACGAACUUAGGCACAGACCAACAGUUUUCCAUCGGAAUUUCAAUAUAAAACGAUUUGUUUAUGCGACACCUUUUACUCCUGGUGGCAAAGCUCAUGGCGAGUUGCGUGAGCAGUGCAAACGAAAGACUAUAUUAACGGUGGCGACACAUUUUCCAUAUCUGAAAACCAGGAUUCGAGUUGUAGCUCGCAAACAGAUAGUUCUGAGUCCCAUCGAAGUGGCAAUUGAAGAUAUACAGAAAAAGACUGCCGAGGUGGCUGCUGCAACCGCUCAAGAACCACCUGAUGCAAAAAUGUUGCAAAUGGUUCUUCAAGGUUGUAUCGGCACGACGGUCAAUCAAGGACCUGCUGAAGUGGCGGUCGUGUUUCUUUCCGGUUUGCGUGAACAAAAUGCGGAGCCGACUAGAUUGCAGCACAAGCUUCGCUUGUGUUUCAAAGAUUUCCAGAAAAAGUGUCUCGAUGCUUUACGGCGCAACAAGAAUCUAAUUGGCCCCGAUCAGCGGGACUAUCAGCGAGAGCUGGAAAGAAAUUAUCAAAGAUUGACGGAAAGAUUGACACCUCUCAUUGCUUGGAGCGGACCGUCCUUAAUUAAUCAACAAACUGUCCCGUCAACUUCUCCGCGUUGGUAAGAAAGUGAAACACUGCCAUAGAAGCUUACCAAAGAUUUAUAUCUAAUUAUCAAUCGUGUAAGCGAUUGUUAUUUAAUAUAUAUGUAGUUCUAUUUAUAAUCGUUAUUGUGGAGAAAAAUCAUGCGUUGAAUCCUUGUUUUAUAACAGAAUUAAAAAAUUAUUCCAAUUUUUUAGAUUAAAUAUAUAUUUAAUUAGAAAAUUCUAUAUUAUAAGUUAUAUAUAUGAUAGACAGUAAUACAAAAAAACUGUCAAAUUUCCAAAUUUGUUAAUACUGCAAUUUUUAUGCAUUUAUUGCAAAACAAGAAUUCAAUGUAAUUUAAAAAAAUAUUAUUGAAAUUUUUAUACUUAUAAGUACUUAAGUAUUAUGAUAUGAUGUGAUCACAUCACAUACAUUACAUUAAAUGAAUUUAUGGCUAGGCAUCCAUAUUUAGAAUUUCUAUCAUUUUCGUAAUUAACAAAAGUGUAUAUAUUAAGUAGUAUGUGUUAAGUAGUAUUUAUCCUAAAUAUCUGCAUAAUUUUUUAAUUGGCUUGCACGUUUAUUUAUUAAAUUCAUUUAAUUAAAAAUAACAAUGCAAUUUUAUUAUUAUAAUAUUAAAAUGCUUAAGUGAAAAUUCAUUAAAGUUCAUUAAAAAAACUGUUUAUUGCUAUAACUUAUAUGACAUUUUUUUGUUAUUUAGAAAUAUUUAUUCAUCACAUUUCGUAAUAUACUCGUUUAUAAGUAUAAAUCUUGAUACUAUGUGAUCUUUAUAAUUUGUUAUACGUUUAUACAUUUUAUGAAUCGAGUACUAAGUAGUUUUACGACGAUAAAAAUAACUUCUCGAAGAAUUAGACUAGGCAAUAUUUUCAUUAGAAAUAUUUCUUUAGAAUUUUCCGAUUGCCUUGAACGCAAUAUAGAAUGACAUAUAAUGGACUGAGUUUAUAAAAUGUAAAUUUGCAAAAGCUAACUUAUGUAUUUUGUAUUAUAUAUAUGCAUUUAUAUAUGUUAAAAUAAGCUGAAAGACAUGUUUUUCUACGAUAUAAAUUCGUAAGAUGGAAACAGUCACAUGUUUAAACAGCAUCUUAAGUCUCGAGUAAAAAAUGUCUAUGAGUAAAAUGCACUUUUGUAUUUCUUGAACGAUAUUGGAAAUAUAGGCGAAUUUUGUACACAAUCGGUUUGUAUUUUUCGAAGGAAGGAACUGAGAAAAAAAGGAAGUAGGCGAA